UUCGGCCCGAGAGUGCGACGGCGAUCUCCUGCGCGCGGCCGAGCAUGGGGGGCAGAGAGCUGGACUAUACCAUCGAGCUGCCGCCGGGGGGGCGGCCGGACACUAGUCCAGAGAUGGGAAACAAAAAUAACCGGCCUGUGGUAAUUCUGCUGGGGUGGGCUGGCUGCCGUGAUAAACACCUGGUGAAAUACAGCACCAUCUACCAUCAGAAGGGGUGCACAGUUAUCCGCUACACAGCUCCGUGGAAGAUGACGUUUUUCGCAGAAUCCUUUGGCAUCAGGUCCCUUCGGACCCCAGCUAGGAAGCUGCUGGAGCUGCUCUUUGACUAUAAAAUUGAAAAGAAACCGCUGCUGUUUCACGUGUUCAGCAAUGGUGGGGUCAUGCUUUACCGCUACAUCCUAGAACUCAUCCACACACACAGGCAAUUCAGCAGCCUCAAGGUGGUGGGCACUAUUUUUGAUAGUGCCCCCGGCAGAAGAAACAUGGUGGGGAGCCUGCGUGCCUUGGCAGCUGUCUUGGGCUCAACUAACGUGCUGCUCAAGUCUGGCCUCCUGCUUGUCUUCGCCAUCCUGGUGGUGGUGCUGCGGAUCUUGCUGCAUCCAGUGACUCGCUUCUUCCAUGAGACCCAUUAUGAUGCCCUGCUGAAUGGGCCUUCGAGGUGGCCCGAGCUCUACCUCUACUCCAAGGGGGACAGGAUCAUCCUGGCCAGUGACGUAGAGCACAUGAUUGAGGCCCGGCGGCAGCACAACGUUGCAGUGAGAGCUGUGGACUUCUCGGACUCUGCUCAUGUCAGUCACUUGCUGGCGUAUCCCUCCUAUUACAUGAGCCUCUGCACCUCUUUCAUGUAUGACUGCGUUGGAUGCUCGUAGGUUUCACCCCGGCAGAGGUAGCAAGUGCCUGUGUAAAGACCCCCAGCAGAUGCUCCCUCUUCACUGGGAUCACACCGGAAACAAACUGCUCUCUCUCUAUCUCUCUGCCUCUCUUUCGUCAUCAUCUCUCUGCUUACAAUAAAAUCCUGAGCCCAACAUCCUUC